GACCAGCAGUUCAAACAUCCACAUCUUGGAAAGCUCCUAUCAUCUGGGAGGGGAUGUUUGACCCCAGUCUUUAUGACCAAAGGCACAUUGAAGAAAAGUCAUCUGUAGCCCUUACUGUGUUUGCUGUGGGAAGGUACCUGGAUGCCUAUCUCAAGACCUUCCUCACCUCAGCAGAACAACAUUUCAUGUUGGGGUUACCAGUAACUUAUUAUGUGUUUACAGAUUUACCAGAUAAAGUGCCAAAUAUCACACUUGCUUCUCAGCGGAACAUGAAGGUUAUCCAGGUGGAAAAGUACAACAGGUGGCAGGACAUCUCUAUGAUGCGAAUGAAGAUGUUAUCAGAAGCAAUAGAGUCAGAGAUCCGCCACAGCUUUCCUUAUGUCUUCUGUUUUGAUGUGGAUCAGGAGUUUAAAGGGAGAUUUGGAUCUGAGGCUCUGGGUGAUUCUGUGGCAUUGCUCCAUGCCCACUAUUAUAAAUUGCCAAAGCACAGGUUUACCUAUGACAGAAACCCUAAAUCUAAAGCCUUCAUGGAGGAUGGAGAUUUCUACUACCAUGCUGCUAUCUUUGGAGGGUUGUGGCAAAAUGUAAAGCAUCUGGUAGAUUACUGUUAUCUGAGCAUCAUGGAGGAUAAAAUAAACGAUGUGGAAGCUGAGUGGCAUGAUGAGAGCCAUCUAAACAAGUACUAUUGGAUUCAUAAACCAAGCAGGCUGCUCUCUCCAGAGUACUGCUGGGACCAGAGCAUUGGUGACAAAAGUGAUAUAAUUGUCACCCGCCUAGUCUGGGCACCAAAGCAUUAUAACACACUUCGUACUGGGUAGAAUGGCCAGUAAAUCAAAA